UUCCUAGCUUGGUCGUGAGGAACCAGCCAUGUCAAUGGAUGUUAGUGGCAAGAUUGUGUGGGCCAGACAUUCUGAAAUCCAGCAGGCCAAUCUGAAAGCUAUGGGUGACACUGAAAUUCAGGAUGGAGAAAGACUACCUUUGGCUGUCAAGGAUCUUGGAGCAUGUGACAUCUAUCCACAGACUAUUGCACAUAACCCUAAUGGAAGGUUUGUUGUUGUGUGUGGUGAUGGAGAAUACAUCAUAUACACUGCCAUGGCAUUGCGUAACAAAGCCUUUGGUCCAGCUCUGGAGUUUGUUUGGGCUUUGGACUCCUCAGAGUAUGCCAUCCGUGAAUCAAACUUCAAUGUGAAGCUCUUUAAAAACUUCAAGGAAAAGAAAUCUUUCAAGCCAGACUUUGGUUGUGAAGGUAUAUUUGGUGGAUAUCUCCUUGGAUGCAGGUCAAGUUCAACAGGACUUGCAUUCUAUGACUGGGAGUCUCAAGAGCUGGUGAGGCGCAUUGAAAUUCAACCACGGCAGGUUUUCUGGUCAGAGAAUGGAGAUUAUGUGUGCAUUGCCACUGACGAGAAUUACUUCAUUCUUAAGUACAGUACUGAUGCUGUCACGAAAGCCAGGGAGACCAAAGAGGGUCUGACUGAGGAUGGAAUUGAAGAUGCUUUUGAUCUUGUUGGAGAGGUGCAAGAAGUUGUCAAGACUGGCAAGUGGGUUGGAGAUUGCUUCAUCUACACAAAUUCAGUGAAUAGAUUGAACUAUUAUGUAGGAGGCGAGAUUGUUACUAUUGCUCAUUUGGACAGGACUUUGUAUCUUUUGGGCUACAUUCCCAAGGAUAACCGCCUGUACUUGGGUGACAAGGAACUAAAUGUGGUAUCAUAUGAGCUGCUAGUGUCUGUCUUGGAGUAUCAGACAGCUGUUAUGCGUCGUGAUUUUAACACUGCUGAUCGAGUCCUUCCCACAAUCCCACCUGCCCAUCGCACUCGGGUUGCCCACUUUUUAGAGAAGCAAGGGUUCAAGAAGCAGGCUUUGGCUGUUUCCACAGAUCCUGAACACAGGUUUGAUCUUGCCCUGAGUCUGGGUGAACUAGAGGUGUGUCAUCAGCUUGCUGUUGAGGCUGGUUCAGAGCACAAGUGGCGGCUGGUUGCAGACUUGGCACAACAGCAGGGAGACCUCCAAACGGCUCAGACAUGCCUCCUCCGUGCCCAUGAUUACCCUGGAUUGCUUUUACAGGCCACAGCCUCUGGUAAUGCUGGAUUGAUCAAAGAAGUGGCAACUGAAGCAGAAAGCCAAGGUCGAAAUAAUGUAGCCUUCUUGUCCCACUUCCUGACGGGUAAUUUGAAGGACUGUCUGGAACUCCUGAUAAAGACCAAUCGAAUUCCAGAAGCGGCAUUCUUUGCAAGAACUUAUAUGCCAAGUGAAAUGUCCCGUGUUGUUGGUCUGUGGAAAACUGCUGCUGGAGAGAAGAUUGGUCAGAGUUUAGCUGAUCCUGCACAAUAUGACAAUCUUUUCCCGGGGCUUAAAGAUGCUGUAAAAUCUCAACAGUAUUUACAGCAGACAACAAAACCAAUCCCGGCAGCGUCUGCAUCUUCCGUACCAGGCAACCAUGAGCGCAAUAUCAUUGAGGAAAUGCGAGCAGCAGAAGCAUCUGGAGCCUUUGUCUACAUUCCACCAGAAGGAGAGGAUGUUGAAUUUGUUGAUGCUCCACAGCAACCAGAGAAAGGAAUAGAUAGCCUGAUUGAGGAAGUACUAAUAGCUCCAUCAGCACCUGUAAUGCCUGCAUCAUCGCCAGUAACUGUUGCUUCUGAACCUUUAGUUCCAACACCUGCUGCACCACCACCUGCAGCUGUCCCUACCCCAGAAUUGAUUGAUGAUGACAUCACAAAGGAUGUUGGUCAAGAGCUUCGUGAAGAAGUUGAUGCAUUUUCUAACCCUGAUGAAGAUGACUGGGGAAGCAGUGAAAAUAUUACUGGGGAUGAUAAUACCAUAGUGGCCUCUGCCAGAGAAAAGGUUGAUGUUUGCAAAGAUGAAAAUGAACUUGAGGAGGUGGAGGAGGAGGUAUGUGUGGAGAAGGGGGGAGAGAUGGAGGAGGAGGAGGAGGAGGAGGAGGAGGAGAAGGAAAAUAUCUUAAAACUGGAAGAGGAGAAGGAAGAGAGAUUGGAAGCAGCAGGAUCUGCAUCCUCUUCCACAGUCCCCAGCAGGAAGAUGUUUGACUGGGAUGAAGAUGAAGCAGAGGACUGGGGAUUCCAGCAGAGUGUGAGUGGGAGGCCACCAAUAGACCAAGCACAAUUGGAAAGAGAGUUGGAGUUGGACCUUGAAAAUGUUCGCAUUGAAGACAACAUUGAUCCCAAUGAUGUGAACCUGGAUGAAGAAGAAUUAUUGGCAGACUAAAUGAGAUUUGCUGCUGCAGUGCUUCAUCCAUUUUCUUUUGUUAUCUUUAUUUUAAGUAUUUUUAUGUAAAUAGGAGAAAAAAAAAAACAUAUAUUGCAGUUGUUUGUUUUCUUAAAAAGUUUUAGGUGUUGUAGGUUUUAAAUGGAAUAUUAGCUAAUUCAGAUGGCGCUGAAAGAAGUGGGUUUAUUUUUGUGAAGUAUAAAAAAGGAUAAAUUCUGGUCUUUUUUGAUUAUCAGAUUGGUAUGUGUAGAGGGAAUAUAGAUCGUUCAUGCUGAGAAGGCAAUAGUAAUUUUGGUUUAAUGUACCAGUGAACAAACCUGUUGCACCAUUUAUUUUGCUUAUUUAUGGAACAUGUAUUGAAAUUAGGAUCAUUCCAUAUUUAACUUUUAUACAAAGUUGGAGGUGAAUAAAAGUUAACUUCAUCAA